CGCAUUCGAUUGUGAGUCUCAGUUGAGCCGGUCAAGUGUGUGGACGUAUUUUGUGUUUAUAUAAAAAAUGGCGAAAUUUUUCAUUGCUGCAUUUCUCUUUGUAGCGGCGUGCGCGCAGUUGUCUUUCGCUGCUACCAUAGCCGAAUCAAUCGACGGCGACCUGCGUGAAAAUUUGAGUGCUUACAACAAGAUCCUUCCCGAUGUUGAUGCUGCAUACAAAGCCGAUUUGGAGAAAUUGAUCGGCCAGACCGAGGCUGCGCUUAAGGAGACCGACCACAAGGAAAAAACCAGGAUUUUGGAUGGCCUGCACGGCUCUUUCCCCGAAGAUUUCAAUAAAUAUUUAAGCAAGAAAUUGCAGGAACUGAACAUUGAUGCUGAAGUAGAGCGCUCGCUCGAAUUCUACAAGGCUCUGUUGGAAAAGGCCGAAUCUAAUGAUUUUAAGCCAGAUAUUGAAAAGGCCAUUGAAACCUUGAACGCCAUCACGAAGGAGGCUGAUGCCGCUAAGAAGGUCGAAAGUUACUCAAAAUUUACAAAGGACCUCAGUGCCAGUUUCCAGGAGUUCUUGAAGAAGCAAAACUUGCCUCAGAUCGAAAAGGGUUUGAGCGGUGCGAUCAAAUUCUUCGAUGGCUUGCUAGCCGAGUCUGAUGUGCAAUACAAGGAGGAGAUCGCCGCUUUGAAGACACAGGCUGAAGCAGGUUUGGCUGCCGCCACCUUGGAAGAGAAGCAAAAGGUUUACUACGAAAUCACCAACCCCGCCAACAAGGAGCUCUUCAACUACUUGAAGGAGAAGUACGUUGAGAAGCAUUAAAUGGCUGUGUGAGUUAUGAGUUUUGUAAGCAAUGAUUAUUUGUAAGUAUAAAUGUACUCAUAAAUAUAGUUUAUUGCAAUGUUGUUGAAUGUGCGACCAAUAAAGGGACUAAUGCAUUGGCGCUCGUGUGAAAAUAAAAAUAGCGAAAAAUUGAA